CUCGUACUUGUACGUAAUCGAAAUCGAAGUGCUCCGUUCCAAUUCGACAUAAACAACGAAAAGUUAUCAAAAGUUGAACUUUUUAAAUGAAUUUUCUGGUAAAAUGUCUCUUUACGAUGAUUUUGACAAUUUUAAACAGAAGACGGAUCAAGUUGCUGGUUGGUCCUCCGGAAUUAAAUUAUUCCAAACGAAUCUACAAUUGAAGAAAGCAGCCCAAAAUCAGGUAAAACGAGACACAGUUCGAAAAACAACUGUAGCACCAGUUUUCGAUUUAAAGAAUAAGAAAGACGAAGAAAUCAAUGGAACACCGCUGUUACCUUCUACUUUAUCAAUUUUUCCCCAAGCUACAGCUCCAAAAAGUGUUAAAAAUAUUGCCUGCGUUGGAGAACCACAAGCUCGUGAUAUGGAUUGGAACUUCGAAGGCAACGAGUAUUCUCCAUUAUGGCCAAACGACUACGAUAAAGUUGUAAAAGAUUUAAGAGAACUUCGAGAUCGUGAAAGAGAACGAGAAGAAGAAGAAAGAAGAAAACGAAGAGAGGAAAGAUCUAGAAACCGAGACAAAUCUGAAACGGAUGAUCGACGUAAAAUUGGCAGGAGGAUUAGCGAAAGCUCAGAUGAAGAUGCUGAACCAGACAGACCCACUCGUGGAGGUGUUGCGAUCGCUCCGCCGCCAGUAUUACAAGACGCGUCUUCCCUCGAUAUUACUCCUCGUGCUAGCGGUCCCGGCGGAGCAUCUGUGGCUCAGAAAAUUAUGGCUAAAUAUGGAUUUAAGGAAGGUCAAGGUUUAGGUAAAAAAGAACAAGGUAUGUCGAUGGCAUUACAAGUAGAAAAAACUAGUAAACGAGGUGGCCGAAUCAUACACGAAAAAGAAAUAAUGCCUCCGCCUCUGAUGGAUUUUGGUCCUUAUCCUACGUCACCUGGUUUUUCAACAUCUCCUACAUCAUCAAGUCAAAAAGAUGAAAAAUCAGAUACUACUUCUAUUACCGAAUUAAUGAAAACUCCUUCGAAAGUAGUAUUAUUAAAGAACAUGGUUGGACCGGGAGAAGUGGAUCAAGAACUCGAACCUGAAGUUAAAGAUGAAUGUAAUACGAAGUAUGGCGAUGUUGUUAAAGUUUUAAUACACGAGUUACCCAACGGAGAGCAAGAAGAAGCCGUUAGAAUAUUUGUAGAAUUUAAACGAAUCGAAUCAGCUAUUAAAGCUGUUGUUGACCUAAAUGGAAGAUUUUUCGGUGGUCGUCAAGUCAAAGCGGGAUUCUACAACCAGGAAAAAUUCGCCAGUUUUCAAUUAUUGGGAUGAGCAUCCUGUUUCAAUAUAAAGCAUUUAUUUUACUUAUUGUCACCUGAUCUGGUUACUCGGAUAAAAUUCGUUAUUCAUGAGAUCGUGUUCCUAUUGUAGGUAUUAAUUUCGAAUUAAUUUUUUUUUAUUGGAAAAAAUGACUAUAAUGGACGAAUAGAUACAUUUUUAUAAUGCAGAGAUUGCCAGGAUGCUGCAAGCAUGUAAUUCCUUCUUUUUCUCUAUGUAUUUUACAUACCUUGUGUGUAUCCGUAGAAUUUAAUGUUUCGAUGAUUUGUAAAAAAUUUUUGAUUGAACUGAGAGAUAUCAUUUUAAAUUGAUUUUUUAUUCAACUUUUUGUUUGCUAAUUAUGACUUUCUUUAUUGUAAACAUUAUUUUCUGCGUUCAACACCAAUGUAACGAACAAAUGAGAGUAAAUAUACCAAUUAGCAAAUAAA